AAUUUAUAGCCAUAUGAACAUUAUUGUUGCAAAGCAAGGUGUAAGAAAGUAUUCGACAGUGUUUGUGAGAACAUUCUCUACUCAAGAUCAAGGAAGUAGUUCUCAAGAAAAGCUAGAAUCAAUGUUCGACAGCUUCUUAAAAAGAGUUGAAGUUAUCCAAGAGGAGUACUUCACAUCUGAUACUGAAAAAACUGUUGAGGAAGCUCACCAAGAAGUAUUAAGGAGUGCAUAUCUUUCUAGAUAUGCGAUGGAUCAAACUUUAGAGAAGAUCAGCAUAUUCUCAAAUGCCUUCACUGCAAAAAGAGAGGAGCUCGAUAUUUUAAAAGGUAGCAUCGAGACUAAAUCACUUAACAAAUUAGAGAAGUUGCUUCCAGACAACAAAACUAGACCUAGCCUCUUACAGCCUGUUUGCCAUGGACUUGCUCUUGUUGGGGCCCUUGCCACUCCAUUCUUGGGAGAAGAAAGAAGCUUUAAAGUUUUAAAAACUAUGGAAGAUGCAAUCCAAGAUGAACAUGAUUCGAUGCUCAGAAGUUUGAACAAGCAUAAAAUAGAAGACAAGAAAACCAGAAGUAUUUUGGUUCAAACGAGAGAUGCAGGAUAUGAUUUCUUUGAUGAAAAUUUCCCCGAGUUAAAAGAUAACUCUAAAGAUACAGAUUUUGAUAAGAACCUGCAGACAGCCACCAAAGCCUUCACUCGUGGGUUCAUCCGUCUUUCUCGAUACAUAUAGCCAACAAGUCCAA